AUGGAGGGGAUGUUGCUGGAGGACGAAGGGCCGAGAUUCGUGAAGGAGCCGGGGACGAAGGUCACCUUCCUCAACGACACGGGCGUGACCUUGGAUUGCGUGGCCGAGGGGAAUCCCAGUCCAUCGGUCGCUUGGACCACGGGCUCGGGGAUCCCCGUCACGGGUUCCCCCCAUCUCAUGGUUCCCCUGGGGAACGGCAGCCUCGUGUUUUACCCAUUCGGUCCGGCGUCCUAUCGGCCGGACGUCCACGAUGCAGUCUACAGAUGCCUGGCCAGCAACAGGGCCGGUGCCAUCCUCUCUCCUGAAGUGAACGUCAAGGCCGUGGUCCGACAGGAGUACUCGGUGACGGUGGAAGACGCAUCCGUCGUCCCUGGCAACGUCGCCGUCUUACGAUGCCUCGUUCCCGGGAUGGUGAGGGACUACGUGAGCGUGACGUCAUGGGUCCAAGACGACGUCCUUAACAUCUACCCUCACAUCACCUCCGGUGGGAAGUACGUGGUCCUGCCCUCGGGAGACCUUUCCGUCAAUUCGGUGGACGACAGCGAUUCCGAGAAACAUUUCCAGUGCCGGACCCUGCAUUCUCUCACGGGACAGGUCACCCUCAGUCAAGGCAGAGGGAGAAUCCUACUAAAGGAACCUCGGACUCCGUUCGCCCCGAGAAUGGUCGAACCGAAAGUGCGAGAAAGACGAGUGACGGCCGGUGCCAAAAUCAUCCUCCCGUGCGUUGCCGAAGCCUCGCCUCUUCCAUCUUACAGAUGGUACCGAGUGAAGGAGACGAGGAUGGAACCGAUCCUAGACGGAGAAGAUGGCUUUUCUCUCCUUCACGGUCAUCUGGUGAUGGAAAAAGUGCGCCCAGAGGAUCAGGGCGAUUACGUGUGCCUCGUGAAAAACGUCCUCGGCAGCCGAACUCUCGAAGUCAAGCUCAAAAUCCAAGUCCCAUUGUCGGCGAGAAUGCACCCGGAGAAGAUGACGGUCGACAUGGGCUCGGAGGCGACGCUGAAUUGCCUGACGAACGGAGAAGACACCAAGAUCCAGUGGCUUCACAAUGCCGUCCCCAUCGCCAACAAUCCCAGGGUGGAGAUUUCCGAGUCCGGUCAGACGCUGACGGUGAAGGGAGUCGGGAAAGGGGACACGGGAGUCUAUCAGUGCUUCCUCUCCGAUUCGAGUCAAACCCUGCAACAAUCGGCACUCCUACGGCUCGGAGCUGCCUUGCCGGAGCUCGUGUACGCGUUCAGUGGACAAACUCUUCAACCGGGUCCGGCGAUAAGUUUAAAGUGCGUGGCCCGCGGAAUCCCGCCGCCGCAAUUCACCUGGACCCUCGACGGAUUCCCGCUCCCCGAACACAGCAGGUUGAUCGUGGGGCAGUACGUGACGUCGACGGACGACGUGAUCAGUCACGUGAAUAUUUCGGGGAUUCGCGUGGAAGACGGAGGGAUGUACGCGUGCACGGCCCGCAAUUCGGUCGGCCGGGUUCUACAUUCCGCCCGCAUCAACAUCUACGGCAUGUGUACCCUCUUCUGUAGCAGGCAUUUGCGAUCUGUGGCUCGUGGCGAAAGUCACGAUGACGGUCCUCCCUACGUACGGCCCAUGGGGACGAUAUCGGGGACGUCGGGAGGAGAUCUCAUCGUACACUGCCCCGUCGCCGGAUUUCCUGUUUCUCAAAUCUCCUGGCAUCGAGACGGGAAGGAUCUGCCUUCGAAUCGAAGACAAAAGGUCCACGAGAACGGAACCCUCGUCAUGAAUCAUCUGAAUACGGAAACCGAUCCGGGAAAGUACGAAUGCGUGGCUCGAGAUCGAUCCGGGGCCUCGGCCAGGGAAUCCCUCAACCUCAAAGUCAUAGUGCCUCCGAAGAUAGCCCCGUUUGCCUUCCCCAAUGCCCUCCUGAAGGAGGGGAUGAGGGCAUCUGUGACGUGUCAGAUAGUGGAAGGAGACCUCCCGGUUUUCUUCACCUGGAUGAAGAACGAUCGUCACGUGGUCAGCGGAGAUUCCGUGAAUAUUCGAACCCAAGAUGAAUUCAGUUCUACCCUCGUCAUUCGGGAUCUGGAUUCCUCGCACAAUGGACAAUACACUUGCAUUGCCGAGAAUUCUGCCGGAAAGAGAACCUCCUCGGCCAAUCUCACCGUCAAUGUGCCGCCGAGAUGGGGAUUGAAGCCUCCGAAGAAAUGGGAGGCCCUGGCAGGAGAAGUGGUGACGGUGAAUUGCCAGGCAACUGGCUAUCCCCCUCCCAAAACCUCCUGGAAAUUCUCCCGCUCGGGUGGAAAUGGAAAAGAUUUUCAUCGUUUGCCUGCGAUUCGUGGCUUGUCCAUCCUGGGGAAUGGUUCCCUGAGGUUUGAUCCCGUGUCUAAGGAACACCAGGGAGAGUUCCUGUGUGAGGGUGCCAACGACGUCGGGCCGCCAGUUGAGACCACGAUCUUCUUGGAAGUCCACGUGGCAGCCCACUUCAAAAUGCUGCAAAUGGAAGAAAAAGUGAAGAGAGGGGAAGCAGGAAGUCUCUCUUGUCGGGCAUACGGAGAUCUCCCCAUCGCUAUCCAGUGGCAGUUUCAAGGCAGGCCCUUUGCAGCUCCCGAACACCUUCAAAAAUACGCGAUCGUGGAGGAGGAAUCGACUGACGGCAAAGAAUCGCGACUGAUGAUCGAAGUUGUAGAUCGAAGUGCAGGGGGGGAAUAUUCUUGUCGAGUCUCCAAUCAGUAUGGAGAACAAACUCUCAAGAUACUUCUCACCGUCAUAGAGGUGCCAGAGGACGUGUCUGGGAUUCGAAUCUUGGAAGAAGGGAGUCGGGAAGCCAGCGUCGCAUGGGUUCCCCCCUUCGAUGGGAACUCUCCCAUUUUGAAAUAUCAACUCCUCUACAAGCCCAUCUACGGCGAUUGGGAGAGAGACGCGAGGAUCCAAGAGGUUGAAGGUAGAGAACAUGAAGCAGUAAUAAAAGAACUUCUUCCUGCCACGUCGUAUCAUCUUCAAGCUCUGGCCAUUAACACAUUGGGCCCGGGAGCCCUUUCACAUCUUCUUACCUUCUCCACACUCCAAGAAGCACCGUCUGGAAUUCCGGAGAAGUUCCUUGUUGUGGCAAGGAGUUCAACCGAACUGGAAGCAACUUGGGAAGCUCCUGCCAAGGACUCCUGGAAUGGGGACCUGCAAGGGUUCUAUCUCGGGUUCAGAAUUGCUCAGUCUCCUAACGGAUAUAGUUUCAAGACAGUGGAUCUGGGAGUGGAUUUCAGGGGUCAAGCCGUAUUGAAAGGUUUGGAGAAAUUCACCACCUAUGAGCUGGUAGUACAGGCCUUCAACGUCAUGGGACCCGGUCCUCUUUCCGCUCCAGUCCCUGCUACUACCCUUGAGGAUGUGCCAGAAGUGGCACCUGAGAAUGUGGCCUGCAAUUCUCUAACUGCCACGUCUCUUCAAGUUACAUUUGACCCACCAUCUGAGAAAGGGUCAAACGGGGUAAUCAAAGGAUACAAAGUUUACUAUCAUGCUCUGCCUUCGUGGCCAGAUGAUGAUGUCGUGGAGGAAGAGAGUCGGGCAACUCGGUCUCAGUCUUUGAUUUUGCGACAGUUGAAGAAAUUCACCAAUUACAGUAUUCAGGUGUCCGCUUUCACUCAUGUUGGGGACGGAAUGCGAAGUCAAUUCAUAUUCUGUCGUACUCGACCUGAUGUGCCUGGGGGUGUGACCGAGGUGAAAGGAUUGUUGAAAGGACCCGACACAGCCUUGAUCACCUGGUUAAACCCCUCUGAACCAAAUGGACUCAUCUCAAAAUUCACUCUAUACAUGAAUAUCUGGGAGAAAGAUCGAUUAAUCACAGAGGGGAAGGAGCACGUGGUGGCGUUACCGGCAAGUCAAACUCAGUAUGAGGUGACGGGAUUGAAACGCAGCCAGAGGCGCGAAUUUCAAGUGUCAGCGUCGACUGAAGUAGGGGAGGGACCUCGAUCUCCCUCCAUCUUUAUCCUCUCUUCUGAUCAAGUUGGAGCAGGGAUAUCAUCGUUUGGAGAAAGGAUUAUUGUACCCUGGAAGGAGGACGUGAGACUGUUUUGCAGUAGUGUCGGCAUUCCCAAGCCCAGGACUCGAUGGACGUUGGAUGGACGGCUCCUCAACACCAAUCAGCGUGUUUGGCUGGAAGACUCUGGUGCCCAGCUGGUAAUUCGACAUAUCCAGGACGAAGACUCGGGAAAUUACUCAUGUUUCGUCGAGAACCAAUUCGGCAAAGACUCAAUCUCUUACAGCAUCCGAGUUCUCGUGCCUCCGAGUGCUGUGACGCUUUUCGUUGAUGCCGUGUCUUCGGAUUCCAUCACCUUGCAUUGGGAAAUGAAUUCAACAAACAAGGGAUCCAUCACAGGGUAUGUGCUACAUUUCAAGAAGAAAUCCGAGGAAUGGAAAGAGGAAGAAUUGGAGGGAGGGGAAACGAGUUAUUCGUUGAAUGGCUUGGAUUGUGGCCAUGCCUAUGAAGUUUUCUUGACGGCAUUCAACAGAAUCGGCAUGGGUCCUCCAAGCAACGUCAUUCAUGCCCAUAUUCAAGGAUCUGUUCCGAUAGCCCCGGGUGUAGAGAGGCUUGUUGUGCCAUCGGAGACGUGGGUCUCCUUGUCUCUGGACUCCUGGGAUGAUGGAGGCUGUCCCAUUCGCCAAUUCCAAAUUUCCUAUCGAAGCUUCGACCCGGCAGCAACGAGUGCAAGUACUACUAUGGGUUCAGGAGCGUGGACGACGUUGGAGUCAGGAAGAGAUACGAUUUCGGAUCUCAUACCAGCCACUGGCUAUCAGAUUCGAGUCAUGGCCGUCAAUUCCGCCGGUGCAACGGAACAAAUAUAUUCCUUCAACACCCUCACCACCGAAGGAGGUACUGUUCCGCCAUUGACUGGGAGUCAGGACGAUGGAAAUGAAUUGAAUUUCUACGAAAGGCCGGAACUGAUUGUCCCUGUCAUCAUUUCUGUCAUCUUGGCUCUGACCAGCCUCUCUCUCGCCGCCUAUUGCCGACGAAAAUACAUGAAGAGGAGCAGGGCGACGACUAGAGCCGUCACUCCGUCCUUGAUCCCGAAUCACAAUCCCUUCUACUACAAUACCCAUUCAAGGAAAGACCCAGGAGGGAAUGUGGAGGAGGUGAACCCAUAUGCAACGAUUCAGUUGCCCCAAGACCAGGAUACUAUGUAUGUCCAAGGGGGUCUCAAUGUUUAUUCAGGACUUUACUCUUUGAAAAACCCAAGUCCCCCUACAUUUGUCUAUCAUGAUCCUAGCUUCUCCCGUCUGGAGACGCUUCCCCUCAAACAUGACCAUAGUCACUACUCGGAACUAAGAAUGAAGGGAACGUCGGACAGGGGAGAGGAAGAAUUGCAAAUUUCAGCUUCUGACUACGAUAGCAUCGAAAGCGAAGGAGAUUCUGGGAUGGAAAAUUCCAAUUCCAGGGCAAAGGGACGAAGACGACGUCAUCCGCCUCGACGCAGGGACGUGAUGGGCGAGGCAUAUCACAGCAGUACGGACAGUGUUUAUUCACCGAGAGUGGCUUUGACACGCGGGAGGAAACAUCCAGGGUCGUCUUCUCAGGGACUUCCAAUUGGGUUUGUCACAUGCUAUCAUGUGGACCUCUGCACCGUCGAUAAUUUCAUCCCUAAGUUCCCUUAA